AUUUUUGGAACGCCGCCUAUAACUAGAGACCUAUGUUGAAUUGUAUGUUGCUAAAAAGCGCCCAUAAUAAAGUGAUAUCGUAAACAAAUGGAGAACGAGGAAAUAAUACAAUUGCGUGAACGGAAAGAAGAGCUCUUUAAAAAAAUUAUUCAUUUGAGAGAUACGUUUAAAAAUCAAGAAGAAAACGGACCUCAAGGAUCAUCUAUUAAUUUCAAUAUCACACUGUUUUCGUAUAAUGAAGAUCAACAAUUAUUAAAAUCAAUAUCUUCAAAAUACAAUGCUAAAUUGUGUAAAGUUACGAGUCAAGCAGCAGGAAUAACAUUCGAAAAUAUUAAUAAAAACUGGUUACAGGAUGAUGUUUAUAUGUAUGUAGGUAAAGUGAUUACAAAAACAGUUUCCUUCAAUGUUGAAUUAACAGUGUUUUCCAAGAAUUUAAAUGAUUUUAAAGUCGAAAAUAUAUUAUGCCAUUUUAUAGAUGUUCCUGAUUGUUAUAUGUUGGAAAUAUCUCCUUGGUUUCAGAAAAUUACAAAUAUGAAAAACUUUUCUCUUCUUAUGUCUGCACUUUCUGAUUAUAAUGAAAAUAAUAUCUUUAGAGCUAAGAUUCUACAUAGUUUAGAAUUAAAAAAAUAUGUAAGCACGAAACAAUAUACUCAGAAUAAUGGAGGUAUAUUAGUACAUGUACAUUCCCCUGUAGAUACUGAAAAAAUCUAUGUGAUAUUUCAAUGGGCAAUGAAAUUUUUGGAACUAACAUGGUGUAUUGAACAUUUUUUUACAGUCAAAUCUACAGACAUAGGAAUAGAAUUUUCCGAAAAGAAUUGUACUUUAUUGAAAGAAUUUUGCAACAUUGGUUUAACAAAAAAUGAUUUUGUGGAUCUCUGGAAUAAAUUGUGCAUUGCUAUUGAUACUUAUCAUGAAAAAAAGAUGGCUGACAAAACUGAUUAUUUUGAAACAUGAAAAUGUUGAUGGGAAUUAAUUUGGAUGUUUAUGGGAAUUAAUAAUUUCAAUAGUUUAAUAAGAAAGUUAAAUGUUUUGUAAUCCUAAUAUCAAAUAAAUAUAUUUUUA